AUGCUGUCGGUGCGGCUCAUCCCCAACGGGUGCCACUCGCAGCAGGUGACGUUCCAGCGCGCCCAGUUCCAGCAGCGCGCGCCGCCGCGGACCGAGGCGUGUAGCAUGCGCAACCCCGAGAUGGAGGGCUUUGUCCGGGAAGAGGACACGGCGGGCAGCGAGCCGCACUUUUCCCUCGACGGGUUCGACGGCCUGGGCGAGGUUCUCUCCCAGGUCAUCCCCGCCCAUGUGGAUGGCAACUACGAGGAUGAGAUCCGCAAGAGAUAUGUGGCCCUCAGGAACGAGGUGUUGCUGCGGCGCGUUGCGCCCCCCACUCCCUCCCCGACCAUCAGUCAGGUUGAGGAACCGAUCGUGACCCAGCCCGAGCUCAACUUGUCCCAUGAUUUCGUUUGCUCCGCGCUCAUGGCCAAACGGAAUGUUGGGGUGAUUGGAGACCACCGCAGACCCACGAAUCAUGAAGCUGCUGGAGAAGAAGACGACGAUAAUAUUGAUAGCGAUGAAGAUGAGAUCCUGCCCUUUCGACCAAGCCAUUUCGCUGCCCGUCGAUUGGCCCGCACACAAACGCCGCCCAAGCUCUCCAUUGCCGAUCUGCUAGUGGACUCGACGCCCGAUUUUGACGAGGACAAGGUGAGCACUUUUGGUACCACGGCAAACUGGAUCAAGAGCCAACGAGGCGAAGACGAUAUUUCCUUGCCAUUUAUGCCAUUGUCUCUGAGGUUGGUAUGA